AUGACUACUUCUUCUACUACUGCUACUACUAUUACCAAAGAAUAUAUGAGAGGUCAACCAAUGGUUGAACAUUUCGAUGUUUUAGUUGUUGGUGCAGGUCAUAAUGGAUUGGUAAAUUCAACAUUUUUAUCUAGAGCGGGAUUGAAAGUUUUACAAGUGGAGGACAAAGACCUUAUUGGUGGAUGCACAAAGACAGAGCAUCCAUUCAAGAAGGUUCCAGGUAUGGGUGCUUCGACCGGUGCCUACCUGCUCGGUUUGAUGCCACCCGAACUCGUAAAGAAGCUCGGCAUCGAAAUCACUCCGAUGCGUCGUGAUCCACAUUACUUUAUGCCAACGACAGACGGUCGUUACCUGUUGUUCGGUUCCGACAAGGUCGAGAUGAAGCGUCAGUUCCUCCAGUUCUUCAGUGAGCAAGACUGGGAUGCCAACGAGCGCAUGAAUGCCGAGCUCGAUUUGAUGCGUGAGGACGUCGCACCAGCCUGGCUACAGGAGCCACUCUCUGUCGAGGAGACAGCCGAGCGCUUCGUAAGACCUGCGCUGAGAACAGCGUUUGUCAAUCUCUGUCGUGGAACUGCACGUCAAUACGUUGAGCGUUUCGGUUUCAAGUCGGAGCUGCUCGUCGGAAUCCGUGGAGUGUCGCGUCUUAUCAUCCAGAAUGAGCGCGUCUACGGUGCCGAGCUCAAAGACGGAACCAAAGUGUUCGCACCGAUUGUCGUUAUCAAUGCCGAUCCAUUCCGUAUGCUCGACCUCAUCGGCAAGCAAAACUUGUCGCGCGACUACCUCACUCGUAUCGAUCGUUACCGUCGCGACGGUAUGACCAUGAAAGUCAACCUCUGUCUCAAAGCACUACCGAAAUUCACAUGUCUACCAGAGAAUCGUGGACAAUACGGAACUACCACUCACAUCUUACCGCCAGGUGACAACGUCGUCGAGAAGAUCGAGAAGUCCUACGCUCAGGCGUGUGCCGGUAUCUUGCCAGAGUUCCCAACGAUCGAGUGGUACACUCACACCCCGAUCGAUCCAAGUAUCCAAGAUCGUGAAGGUCACCACAAUGCAGCAUUGUUUGUACAGUGGGUGCCCUACGAGAUUAAGGGAUCGUCGUGGGAAGCCGAGGAAGAGCGUUACGUCAAGCAUUUGCUCUCCCUCGUCGACAUCUAUGCACCGGGUACCAGUGAGUUGGUAGUCGACACCUUUGCUUUGCCACCACCCAAGUUAGAGAGACACUUUGGUAUUACACGUGGUCACAUUCACCAUGUCGACAACGGUAUUCCAUUCGAUGAGCGUCUACCAUACAACACACCAAUUCGUGGAUUGUACUCGUGUAGUGCAGGUACACAUCCAGCUGGUUCCGUCAUUGGUUGUGCAGGUCACAAUUCCGCCAUGAAAAUACUCAAAGACUUGAAAGAUAAUAUCAUCACAACUGAGAAACCAUCAAAACUUUAA